GAUUAUUGCAAAACGAGGCUAAUAAGGAGAAAUAAUUCGUAGCCUGAAAUGAAAGUGACUGCACGAGAAUUCAUAACUCACGUAGCGCUUGGUGGGCUCAUGGAGGAAAGGACGACAUUUGAACCCUGAUGCUCCUUCUCCAGACCUAAAUUUGUUUUCCUUAAUAUUGGAGUUACCGAUCGUUUGAUCCGACAGCGACGGAAAUGCUCGUGGAUUCACGAAUUCACGUCGCAGAGAUCCGAAUUUCUCGACCGUAAUUUUCAGGUUCGGCGAAUGAGCGAAGCAGGCAUGGCAUGCGUUUGCUCGCAAAUCAUUUAGCGAUGGCGCGAUCGCGAUGCUGGAAGGAAUUACGAAGGGUCCAUCGAAAGUGCUGGAGCUAAAAGGCUGUUUCGAAUCUCAGUCUGCUCGUCGCGUGGGCCCUACGGGCCUUUGUCAGAGGCUUAGAGUCUUCGUCUUCUUCUCCGACCUAUUGCUUUCUGAGAGAUUUCUGCUUUUCCAAUGGAUAGCCGCUCGAAUGCUGCGUCUUUCUUCAUCUCAGUGGUUGUUUGGAGAACUUUUCCGCUACGGAUGUCGGUGGAAAUCAUAGCCAGCAAUGCUCGCAAGCUCUAAUUGUGUGCAUGGAUGCAUGCCGGACGACCGCCCCUUGAAAUCAUAACAAAGAAAGCGGAAAUUGCACGCUCUCAUGAAGCACUAACCUAAUGGACGAUGGAGGAGGAGGACGACGACGGAGGAGCUAAUGGGUUUAUCUUGAUCGAUUCCCGCCCUUCUGAAACCACCACACCUACAGCGAUACCGAACUGACAAAGUAUCCAAGGAUGCUCGUUGAUGGCUGAAAAGUUCAGAAUGUGAGAAAAGGACGAGGCGGCGGGAGUUCUUUCUCACAUGUUGUUGGAGAGUCAAAGCACAGAGCUGCUCUCACUUGAGCCAUGAAGCAGACAGACACAGACAAAUGAAUUGCGGUUGAAGUGUGCAUGAGAAACGGAAGAUACGUUCUGAAAGCAAUGGAAGCUUCCUGAGAAGAAAGAGUAAAGAAUGAAGCAUUUCAGGAUGAGAGUCGGUCUAGAAUUGGUCAGAUUUUGCGGUUGAAGACGAAAAGAGAAGGGGAGAAAUCUUUCUGGUGCUCCUUACGACCGUGGGCGGCAAUGUCGCAUCUCGAUCCUUAUUAUCUCGUUAAAGAUGAAGUGCAGGACUCUAUCGCACAACUUCAGUCAGGCAUGACCCAGUGGAAGCAGCUACCUGAAGUUUCGAAUGAACGGGCCAGCCUCACCAAGAAGCUCAUUUCCAGCUGUGAUACCAUCAAGUGGCAGGUGGACGAACUCGACAAGGCGGUGUCCGUUGCAGAGAGGGAUAUGACCAAAUUUGGAGUUAGUCUGACGGAACUGCAGACACGAAGAGCGUGGAUCAGUUCGACAGUUACCGAGGUGAGUAGUUAUCGGAAGACACUGCAAGUUGCCGAUGAUGCGUUGCGGCUUCCCAUGGCAGCUCCACUCGCAGCCCACGGGGAUGCCCUGAGGGGUCAGAUCGGGCCCGUGCAAAAAAAUCGUCAGAGCUUUGAAAACGAUGAUUAUAUCCAUGGUGAACAAGAAAGGCAAACCCAGUAUUUGAAGGAGCAAGAUGAAGAUCUGGACGAUUUGAGUCAAAGUGUGCAAAGAAUGGGCAACAUUGGCUUAGCAAUCCACGAAGAAUUGGACAGUCAGGAAGUCCUUAUCAGCGAUAUUAGCCGUGAUGUUGAUACCGCAGCUACUCGGCUUGAUUAUGUCCAGAAAAAAAUGGAAACAUUGAUAAAGAAAGCUGGAGCUAAAGGGCAGCUUGUUUUGAUUGCCGUGCUGGUGAUCUUACUAGCUCUUUUGAUCAUGCUGAUAUUUUACACUUGAGACUUUUUCAGCUAGCCGCUGUCUAGAGAUUUGUUGACCAGCGUAUGACAGCUUGGAGCCUUGAUAAUUGAUGGUAUAUAGAAAUCAGUAUAUGUAUAUAUUCUACGACUAGCUCGUAUAAAAUUUGUCAACCUGGCAUUAUCCAGU